AUGGCUGAUUCUUCUGCUGCUUACAUUCAUAUGGUGCAACAUUUGAUCGAGAAGUGUUUGAUAUUCCAUAUGAAUAAAGAUGAGUGCAUGGAAGCUCUCUCGAAACAUGCUAACAUCAGCCCGAUAAUCACCUCCACUGUGUGGAAGGAAUUGGAGAAAGAAAACAGAGAGUUCUUUGAAGCUUACRCAGAGUCACGAAACAAAAACGAUAGAAUAUUGGCCGAAGAAGAGACAAGACAAUUGAUCSAAAGGAUGAUCUCUAAAGAUUCUGACGACUAGCUAAUUUUAUUAACAUGCAUGCACCUAUUAUACAUGUAAUAUUGACUACGACCUUUUCUUUUUCUUUUUUUUUAGCCUCGCCAUUUUUCUUCUGUGCACAUGUUAAAAAAUGAACAUAUACAUGAAUAUUAGCAAGAAACGAGUUAUAUUUUGUUCUCACUAUAUGAUAUACACCACGUUGUCAUCUUGUCAAAAGAUAAGGGUAGUUUUGUAAUAAUGCCAGAUGGCAAGGAAUUAUUAGAUUCUAGGCAUUGAUKUCGACAAAAUACAUAUUUACAAUGUAUGGAAGAAAAGGAAUUUCCUUUUGCUUCUUGUUUUAGUAAAUUUUGUAGGGUAAUUGAGAUGGUGACRCCAUACUCUUCUCCUA